AGUAGGGGCGGGGAAGGUUUGGAUUGGUCUCGGUCGCCGGGCGGGUGAUUCGGUAUGAUGGCGGGGAGAGGCUCGGUAGACGGGCCAGGCGGCGGGGACAAUCCGGUGCUGAAUAAACUCCGGGAGCAGAGCGCCGUUCUGUACCGGGUGUCGGUGUCCGGUAGCGGUGAUUCCACAGCCUCUAUUAAGGUGGAGGAGGACAUCCUGCGGAGGCUGCGGGAACAAUUGAAGCAGCAGAAGUUUGAUCUCCAGAACAGACUUGGUGCAGGUGAAAUAUCUGUCGAUGAAGUGGAGUACAUCACUGUGGAGAAUCUAAAGGAGGCAGUUAGACAGUUGGUUCUGGGAAUUGAAAAUAACAAAGUUUCAUAUUACAACAAGUCACUGUUGUUGCAAAGAAUGCAGGUAUUCUACAACAUUCAGAAAACGUUACCGGAGAAAAAUGCAGAUUCGGAGGUUUUAACAAAUAUCGCGAAUCACAGUUUGAAUGUUGCUUCUCUGACACUUAAGGAACAAAAGGAAUCUCGGUCUUUGGAGAAGCAACUUAAUGAUACAAGAGCGAAACGAAUGGCCCUGAAGGAGAAGAGCAUGGCGCUGAUGACAGAAGUUUUAUCCCUCGUAGAUGAACUACAAUUCCAGAAAGAACCAAAGGAAGAGAAACUAAAAAAAAUAUUCAAACAUGUAAAAAGGGAAACGGACAUUGCCUUCAUGUUGCAGAAUAUAUUCCAGAGGCUCGUUCAUGCCAGUCGUGUGAAUUGGGUAGAAGAUCCAAAACUAAGGGAAGCUGUCAUCAAAGCGGGAAGGGAUUUACAUAGUUUUUAGUAUUUUUAUCCAUUUUUCUUUUAGUGUUUUCAUUUAGUUAACGUUUUUUAUUGUGAAUUUUAUUUAAAAUCAAACAUUUAGCACAGACCAUAUAGAUGGUUAUGUAUAUAUAAAUGUAUUACACCGAAUCGUGCUAGAAAAUAACUGUAUUUCCUCAUCCAAUGACCAUGUUAAUGGAGCCAUUGAAUGGCAUUGCCCCCCCCCCCUUCUCCUGCUGGCCUUUAGCCGAAAGGAAAGUGAAAUCACCUGGGUCAGACCUAACCUGUAAAAGAGAGGGAACCAUCACUCCUAUUAAUCUGACAGUAUACACACUCCCUGCAGGCAGUGUCCCAGCUAGCCUUAAAACCACAGACCUCAGUGCUGCAAACCAGGAAAGCCAAUCACCAAACCCCACCAGAGGAACACAUCGGCAGAAAACAAAAUUUUUAACAGCCAAUGCAUAAGCUUUACUUGCUUGUGCCCUCUCCACAAGCAAGUAGGAUAAAAAAAGAGGUAGUUUUAUAUCAACCCCCUCCUUCCUACCUAAGGGCCAGUCUCCGCUUGUUCUGUCAGAUCCACCUUGGAUUCCAGACUUCCAGCACUAUCUCAACCUGAAAGGCUGUAUGAAACCCUUCACUGCUCCGCCCAUGCCCCUGAGUAUGUCCAAUGUGGCACUGUGGAUUAGGCACCCUCCUGUAAAGACUGCCAACUCCAGGGUAUAUUUAACCA